AUGCUUGUAAAGCUGAAUGCAAAGCGUACUCGAAUUAGCCAUAACGAUGAUGUCUUUGUAGAGCACUAUAUUGAUCUUAUGGUCUUCCACCGAAGAGCACUCAUAGUAGAUCUCUUUGGAGAUGGUAGGGCUGCUGUGAAGCUUGAAAAACGGCCAGCAGAGGCGCCCAAAACUUACAUGGACACGGUCUUGACCUUAGCAGAAGCCAUCAGGUUCGGCUAUGCAGAGACACUUGGUAAAUGGAACCUCUUGGACUUACCAAGAGCCAUCCUUUAUACAGUCAUCGAUAAGCGUAAGAAAACAGUUGCAAUCGAAUGUGGAGAAAGAGAUGAUUGUAAACAAAUGACAGACCCCGAAUUAGAGGAGUUGUAUGAGCUCGAAAAAUGCUUGUCACGGGCCAAGCUUUUCAGCAAAAAAAGCUUUCGUGUCUUUCUAUUUGCUGCUGGAUUCGUCAAGGAGGAUGUUAUCCUAAGGAAGAGAAGAGCUCGGAUUCUUAAGCCUGCUUUCACAGUGAUACGAGAUAAAAAAUCCGAAUGUUUGGUUGUGUUCAUCCGAGGAACUCGUAGCAUAAAAGACACUCUGACAGAUGCAAUCGGUGCUCCUGUUUCCUUCAGUCAUUUCGUUUGCAGUGAUGGUGAACUGAAGAAGAACAACGUGGUUUCAGGACAUGCACACCGUGGCAUGGUUGCUGCAGCUCGUUGGAUCAACAAGCACUGCACUCCUAUACUUCUUAGGGAACUUCUUCAAUAUCCCCAUUACCAAAUCAAGAUAGUUGGGCACUCCCUUGGUGGUGGUACUGCUGCGCUGUUGACAUAUAUGCUUAGAGAAGUAAAGCAGUUCUCUUCAUGCACUUGUGUCACCUUUGGCCCAGGCAUGUUUACGUCACUUAUAAAACAUUUUACUGCUUGUAUGUCACGGGAGUUAGCGGCACAUGGGAAUUCAUUUGUGACUUCGGUUAUAAAUGGUCAUGACAUGGUGCCUACAUUGUCAGCUGCUUCUGUUCAUGAUUUCAUCUCCGAGGCUCUGAAAAAGCGUAAGGAAUUCAUAAAUUCUACUUUAAGCGCAAUUGGAUCUCGCAUACCUUUUGCAUCUAGUGCAAAAGCCUUAGCAGAUCAUGCAGUAUCCCGUGGGACCGAGGUUUUGAUGAAGAGUAAACAAAGAACUCGGUCACUGAUAACCUGGUCCCGACGUGAGAAUACUGUUGCAUUGACAAGCUCUAAAUCAGAAAAUUUGGCUGAAGCCUCUCGACUAUCAGAGACAAGUUAUGAAGUGACUGAAGAGAUAAAAAUCUCCGAGUUUACGAGUGAUGAGGACGAUGGAUCUAAAUACUCCAGUGAAGGAUCUGAUAAUGAUGACAUGGAUGACGAAGAGGAGCAAAUCAUUUCUGCAACUCACAACGAUGACUUGAAUCAAUAUGUGAAGGAGCUUCAACUAGAGGCGCAGGAUGAUAACCCUAACAUUCAUGGUGCCAAUGAAAAAGAAGUAGCCACAAAAGAAGGCACAGAAGCAGAGAAGAAUGGCGAGGUUGUUCAUAGUGAAGAAAGUGGAGGUGGUGCAGUGGCACCAUCAGACAACUUGGGUAGACAUCAUCUUUAUCCACCAGGAAGGAUCAUCCACAUUUUCCCUGCACCUUCCUCCGAAAAUUCUAAAUCAAACCACUAUGAUGAUGCCGAUGAUAAACAUGUGUUGUUCUAUGAAACGGGUAGAGAACUGUAUGGAGAGCUCAGACUUUCAAGGAGGAUGAUACUUGAUCAUAUGACAAGCAACUAUCUGACGGUGUUACGACAAUUAAUCAAUCAACAACAGGAGAAAGAGAAUUCCCAUCGUCGUGGAUUUUAA